ACUAAUCUAAGUACACGUAUUCCAAAUAAAAAACAAAACGUAUUUAGGUAUAAAUUUUAAUAACUUUCAGUACUUAAUCAAACAGAUAACAAUAACUAUACUAAUUUAAUAAGUACCUAACAAUUGUUAAGACUACAAUGUGAAAAAAGAAAAGCAAACACACACACGGCAAUUCUCUUUUAUUACUAUUAGUUUAUUUCCCCUUCUAUGUUGAGGUAAUUACUCAAGCUGGUGGUAAACGAAAGGAACGGUGGUUUAAACGUAAAUUUAUAAUAUAUUUUUGCAUUUCAAUAAGUAAAGAUAAUAAAGUGAGUAAUUGAUACGCGUUCCAAAACUGUGUUUCCUGCACGGAGAACUACUUUGAAAUUUUUCAUGUGAAACAGAUUAACAACUGGUAACCACUCCGAGACCCACAUAUUUCUGUACGAGGCUUUCCGCAUUUCUGGAAAGAAAAUGUACUUUAACUUGAAAAGUUAUAUUAAUAAGAAAUAUUAAAAAUAAUUAUAAUAAUUCAUGACACUUCUCUGAACAUGAAACCAAAGAAAAAAAAAUUACAAUUCAGCUUAUUUACACUUAUCUAUUAUGUUAUCGGAAUAUUUUGUCAACAGAUGGCACCACGUAACAGUACACUAUCGAUUUCCUGUGUGUUGCGCAACACUCACCCUUUCAAGGUUGGAUGCGUGCUUUCUAUGCUAGGGUGUUUCAAUUGUUUGCUGUUGUUACAAACGAGACGAUCAACUGGUCAUCACUAAAAUUGAUUACACGGUGUUCAUUAAUUAACACAGGUAACAUAUUCUAUUCGAUAUAAAGUCGGAGUGAUGUUAUUGACGUAGCAACUACGAUUGUUUGUAAAACAACGAAGUCGGUAUCUUCGUACGUCUGACGUCACUGGGAAAUUACGAGUGACGUUGGAUUUCGCACGUGUUAGCGAGUGAAUUGAUGACCUGUUAAUUAAACAAAGGUUUCUAAUCGAUCCAAAUGGGACGUAAAUCUUACAAGAAAGGAUUUUAAGUGGAUUUUUAACAGAACCAAUAAAAGCAUGUGAUAAGAUGCUGGAACAUGUAGAUAUCUGUCAGGACGUUCUAAAUGCAGAGAAGUGUAACCAAUAUCCAGUAAUACUCAAGAAAUGUACAGACGUUCACAUUGGUACGAAAAUAGAAAUCCAUUCUCAACAACCACAAACAAGUUACUUAAAGAAAGAAGAUGAAGAAGAAAAUGAAAAGUACGUCAAUUGCAGCCAGAAAUUGAAGAACAAGUACAAGACAUACUUUGCUUACAUGAGAUCUUUCCUGUGGGAAGGUAAAAGGAACGACUUUAUAUUAAAGGAUUACUUCGUAGACUUGACAAUACAAAAGGCAGAUUUAUUCGGAAAGGAAAGAGGAGAUAAAGUAAAUCUGAAAGAAAUAUUUUCUAAUCAGGACGACGACCAUCAAACUAUUUUGGUGACAGGACAUCCCGGUUAUGGAAAGACCACUCUGUGCAGGAAAAUUGCAUACGAUUGGGCAUCCGCGGAUUACUUGCAACAUUUUGACUUAACGGCAUGUAUUAUUUUAAGAGAGUUAGGCGAUAGAAGUGUAAAACAGGCAUUAUUCGAUAACUUGCACGAGAAUUCGUCAUUUGAUAAAGAUUGGAAAUUACAUUUUAGGCAAAUGAACAUUUUGGUGAUUUUGGAUGGCUUCGAUGAGAUUGUAGAGAAAGAUAGAAUUAUAAAAUUUAUAAGGGAGGAAUCUUUCGAUAUUUCUGGUCAAAUGACGAUUGUGGUAACCAGUCGACCUCAAGCAACGGAGGAUAUCAGAGAAGACAUGAAGAUGAGGUUUUCGAUAAAAGGGUUUUCUCCAGAAUAUCAGAAGAUAUGUAUUCAGUUAAUGUUCAGAGAAGACGAGAGUAAAGGGAGAAGUCUUGUUGAGAAAGUGGAGGAAGACGAGUUCUACAAAGAAAUAGCCGAAUGUCCUCUGAUGCUGCACAUGUUGUGCUGCCUUUUUAAUAAUGCAGAAUUGGGAGAGAUUAAAAGCACAACGGAAUUAUACAUCCGAAUGUUUACACUUAUAACCGAACGUUAUGUUAGAAAAACAGAUCUGAAUUGCAAGUUCGAACGAGGAAAACAUUUUAUAGGAGAAAAUUUGCUUCUUCGAUUGGGAACAUUACCUCUAAAAGUUAAUUCGAUCACAUCAGAGGCUUUAGUAAAGUUCUUUCCAAACGAAGAUGAAUAUAAUUUCAUCAUUGGAUUGGACAUUCUUGCUGUGGAAUCUUUUUCACAAUACGAUAAAAUCAUUCGUUAUCAUUUUUUGCAUAUCACAUUUCGUGAAUUUCUUGUAGCUUACGCUAUAUACAACGAUUUUUCUAAUUUUUCAACUUGGAUCACAGAUCAAAUAUUGUUAUUUUUAUUGGGAUUGUUUGGUAGUGAUAAAUUUCCCAAAAGUUUUCUGUGUAAUUUAAAAGAAAAAGUAUUCACUCCGAAUUUCAUGCUUCGAGCUCACAAAGAAAUCAAACUAAGGGAAAACUGGGAGGAAUUUUGUUCAAAUUCCAAAGUAAAAUUUUAUGAUAUAGAAUUAAAUGAGAUGAAACAAUUAUUGAAUUUGUAUCCAUUUAAACAGUUGUUCUUUUGUUUCUCCGAAUCUGAGUUUGACUACGAAAACCACAAGAAUGAAAUUUUUCAGUUCUUUAACGAUUUCAGUUUCCCAAAUGGUCUAAAAAUUUACCUUUUUCUUAUUAAUAUGACAACAGAUCGGGAUUAUUCACACGAUAUUCGAGAGUCUGUUUCGUGUAUCAUCGACUUCUUUCGUAACAUCAGACCAAUCGAUUAUGAAAUUUACUUUAUUGGUAUAUAUAAUUUUAUCGAUAUAUUUCAUUGCUUCAGAAAUGUUAAUUAUUCUUUGAAUUUAACUGAGGGUGUUCUGAAAGAAUUACGUAUUGAUGAAGGCGAAGAACUGAUUGCAUUGCAAACUCAAAGUUCAGAAGGGACGUUUAACAGUUAUUUCUUGUCAUUGGAACAGUAUGAAACUUUACGUGAUCUCAUGAAAAUUUAUCCAAUCAGAGAAAAGAAUUCAAAAUGCGUGGUCAUUUAGACUAAUGUAAUAAAUUACUUUAUACCUGUCUAUUUUUAGAAGAAACAUCGACUUGUCGAGGAGGAUAAAGGUGUCAGGAUUAAGGUGACUUAGCGACGGGGAUUGAAAAGCAAAUCGUAUUAUCUCACGGCCGGCCUUAUAGGGUUUCAGGUAUUUCGGGCCUUUUGUAACACUUCAAUCUUACCUUCCACUACAGCUGACAGUCUUCACUCGUUAUAUAGGUGCUAGAAGACAGUGCCUAGGCCUUUAUCUUAAAUGUGUGAUGAAGAAUUCCGUACAGAAAUAAUUUUUUAAUAAUUUAAUUGCUGGAGUAGAAUUCUUCAGGAAAGUACAUUGUCUAGGUGUGAUUUUUUAAUGUUAUAUUUUUGAAGUGAAUAAAAUUUUUAUUGUUUUUUAAUAAAAUAUAUAAUUGUUUUAAUAUAAGAGACACUGUUUCAUUGCCAUAAGUAAGCUCAUUAAUUAUCUUACUGGUAGAUGUCACAAAGAGAAGCAGUUAAAUAUAAUUUAUUUGGGGUGUUGAUAGGGAAAUUAAAAGAAAAUAGGGGAUGAAACAAAAAGCAUACGUGUAUGGAAAAAGUAAGGUAUUGGUAUGCAAUAUAACGCUAAUGUAAUGUAUAGAAACAUAGCAUAUAUAUAUAUAUAUAUAUGCAGAAAGCGUUUUAGUUAAUUAAUUUACAGAAGGGAUCAACUUCAUUUACACACGUGAAUCCCAUUUCUUAUGGCAUAUUCUAUAUCGAACAUUGACAUUUGUCAAUGCAUUUUUUUGAAAGAUGCACUUAUUACACUUUUAGUGGUUGAGUUUUAUUUGGCAUCCACAAGGUACCAGCGUGAAUCUGUGAAUAUCGAAAAUAGAAAUAUGCUUUAAAAACUCAGUAAAAAACUAUUAUUUUGUGUUGAAAGCAACGUCAACGGUUUCUCUGUACUACAAGAUUGAUGGCUUUAACUCGCUGUGGCACUAGUUUUUGUAUUACUUCAUUAUUUAAAUAAAAAUGAUUCCAUUUAUUACUUGCUUGGUAAUAUAUAUUUAUUAGACCCCACUGUUUGCAUCUUAUUAUAAAAGCAAACAGGAGCGUAGUUUAUUAAAUUCAAUUUGCUUUAGUAGAUGGCUAAUAUUGGUCUGCAUUCUACAUUUUAAAAUAUUAAUUUCGUAUAUUUACGUAAGAGAUUAAAGCAAGUUAUUCUAGUAGUCAAUUGUAAAAGAAUAAAAGAAUUGUUUGCAAAAGUUCAAGGAAAUUUUAGCAUAAAUAAUGAUCAUAUAAACAUUAAUAAAGUCUGGGGAAAGGUUCUUCAAGCUUGAAAAUUGCGCAAAAAUUUGCCGACUGGACUGCUUCAAAUAGCAAUUGAUUGCUUGCUGUUCUAUCAAUUAGUUGUAUGUUCUUUGGAACUUUCUAUAAAGUUGCUAUUGAUAAUAAAUUAUACAGGACCACUCCGUUAAAGAAAAAAGUACAUUUUUUUCUAUAAUUUACAACGGAUAUGCAUUUCGGGCUCCGAUAUACUCCUCUUCACACCUUAUUUUAUUAUGUAAAUCGUUAAAAUUAAUAAUAUUUAAAGUGAAAACUGGAAUAACUAAUCAUUAAAUCAGUGGGGUAGAACAAGUAAAACUGUAAAAAUAAAAAUAUUUUGUUUACAACGUAUAAAGUGUUUGACUUUUGUUAGUCAAAGUUUUUAUACGUUGUAACAAAUAAAGAAAGUUAAAACAUUAAAUCAUUAAAAUCCGAUAAAAACAGGUGUGCAAUUUUUAAAUUCCAUACCUAUACAACGUCAGAGUAGUUCUUUGCACUUGGCAGUUGUACACAGACGAACCUUGCAUUUGCUGCCACGAUAAAAGCUAUCAUCGCAUCAGUCUUUUACGGAGAGGCAAUUCUUGCACUUCAGGAUACGAAGAAACUCUCCAAAAAUGAAGUAAUCAGACUAGAUGACUUUGUUCUUGUGUUUUGUUUGUUUUAGGCACCCAUUUUUCCAUUCGGCUUGCGUGCUAUUUUUUUAUUAAUUUCAUUAGGCACAUUUAUUUACGGCCAGUAAUCAUGGGCAAUGUCACUUUUACUUUGCCGUAUAUCGAAAUCGAAGUCAUAGACAUCUAUUUUUUAUCACUUUUUUGAAUUACUCAUUGUAAUUAAUGUGAAAUGUCAGUUUCGUCUAAACGAAAUGAAGAUUUAUAUAUAAAAGUGUCGCGGAACUCAAACAGUUUGAAAUUCGAACAAAUUCUCGGAAGAAAUUUUUCCGCAAAAGCGAACUUUUCUUGGAAUUCGAAUACAAAUAAAUAUAGCAAUACUGUAUGGUGCAUGAUGAAUAAUACGAAUAUGUGAUGCCGUACUGUUGUUACAUUAUCCUUUAAGGUAAAAUUGCAUUGCUUUGGUUUAUUUAUUUACGGAAAUGCGUCACAUUGGCGGUUUUCCGAAAGAGAUCUUUUAUAAAAGCCUGGCCCCUAUUUAGGUAUUACAACGUGAAGAAAAUCUGAGAAACUCCGCGAGGGCAUUCCUUCGGCGAGGCGCAAA